GCUCUUUAUUAGCCGGGCUGUUGGAUCCAGACGUGGAGAAGAGAGAGAGAGCGAGAGGGAGAAAGGGGGGAGCGAGCGCGAGCGAUGGCAACCAAGAAGGCGGCGUGCGUGGAUGCGCCCAAAAGGAGCCGGAGCCGGAGCCGGAGCCCGGUCGUGUUGGAGGCGGAGAUGUUCAGUGAAUUUCAGGACUGGUGUCUCCGCACUUACGGAGACUCGGGCAAAACAAAGACCGUCACCCGGCGGAAAUAUAACAAAAUCAUGCAGACGUUGUUGCAGAACGACGAGUCGGACGGCGUGUACGUCGACAACAGCCACAUUAACGCCAAAUUCAAAUUCUGGGUGAAGUCCAAAGGAUUUCAGGUGGGAACCAACGUUUUGGGAGAGCACAACAAGAAAGGAGCUCCGGGGAAGCCCGUGCUGUACGUCCCGGUCAAGUCAACGUGUUCGGACGGCAAUUCAGCCCAGGACAACUCGUCCCUGAAGCGCGUGGCUGUGGUGGAAGACUUCUUCGACAUCAUCUAUGCCAUGCAUGUUGAAAUUGGCGCCGACCCUGGCAGAGCACCCAAACACGCGGGACAAAAGAAGACCUACAAAGCGAUAGCAGAGACCUAUGCCUUCCUGCCUCGAGAGGCGGUGACUCGCUUCCUAAUGAGCUGCGGCGAGUGUCAGAAGAGGAUGCACAUCAACCCCAGCACGGCAGAGUUCAAAGAAAAUGACCGCCCAACCUCCCUGGUCCCUGACCUCAUUGACUACAACAUGCCCCUGACUGCCACCUACCUGAAGCAAAUGAAGCUGCAGUGCAUGACCGCUACCGAAAGGGAUGACUCGUCGGUGAGCAGUGAGGACAUGAACGGCGCUGAACCCACGUGGGUCGCAGUUGAGCAGCCGCCAGUGCCUGAGCCCAGUCCUCCAAAUGGGGCGAGGGUCAGCAAACCAGCAGCCGCCCUUAAAGAAGAGGAUGCAGACGACAACUCCUCGGAGAGCAGCAGUGGCAACGGGAUGCCAGCCCUGACCUCGCCAGAGGUGCAGCCCGUGGGCGCGAACCCCCCAGAGGGCAGCGCCUCGUACGGCGAGGUCAACGGCUUGAGUGCUCCCCUGGACUUCAGCACCACCUUGUCAUCGUCCUCCUCAGACGAUCAUCAGCCGGUCAACCUGAGCGACCGACUGCUGCCCGCGGGGUGUUCGCCGCCAAACUCUUUCCCGGCAGACCCUAGCAGGAAGUACCCCAUCAAAACAGAGUACGCCAAGUCGCCUCCGUACAGCUCAGGAAGCUACGACUCUGUGAAGACCGAAGUGAGCAUGUGCGCUGAGGACUUGACCUCCGGCCGCGCGCAGAUCAUCGACGACGAUGACGACGAUCACGAUGACCACGAUGACAGCGAUAAGAUCAAUGACGCCGAGGGUAUGGACCCAGAGAGACUUAAAGCCUUCAAUAUGUUCGUGCGUCUGUUCGUGGAUGAGAAUCUGGACCGCAUGGUGCCCAUCUCCAAACAGCCCAAGGAGAAGAUCCAGGCCAUCAUGGAAUCCUGCGGUCGCCAGUUCCCAGAGUUCCAGGAGCGCUCCCGCAAGCGCAUUCGCACCUACCUCAAAUCUUGUCGCCGCAUGAAAAAAAGUGGUUUUGAGAUAAGACCAACGCCUCCUCACCUCACCUCUGCCAUGGCUGAGAACAUCCUCGCCGCUGCAUGCGAGAGCGAAACUCGAAACGCCGCCAAGAGGAUGCGGCUCGAUAUCUACCCAGCGGACGAGCCUGCCAUUGUCGACAAGGCCAGCACCAGAGAUCCUGCAUCUGUGGCCCCGUCAGGCUUUGUCAUUUCCAGCACAGCUUUUGCCCAAGACCAGCUCUACACCAAUGGAGGCCUCAACUACAACCUGCGUGGGUACGGCACGGUUGGCAGCAACCAGCAGAACGCUGCUGCGGCCCAAACCAACGGUCCAACAGAUCUAAGUAUGAAGUCGGUCGCUCCGAACUCCUCUUCCUCCAGUUCUAACAGUCACGGCCAGGGUGGCGGGGGCGGGGGAGCUUCGGCCCAGCUCAGUCCUCCGGAAGUCACGGCGGUCAGGCAGCUCAUCGCCGGUUAUCGGGAGUCGGCCGCCUUCCUGCUCCGCUCGGCCGACGAACUGGAGAACCUGAUUCUGCAGCAGAACUGAGCUCGGGCCCGGCCCGCACUCACCUUGUCUGUCCGUCUACAAAUGUAAAUAUGUCACGCUGACAUGCAAGUCUCGGUCUUGGACAAAGGCACAAACAAAGAGGAGCGGUUCUGCCAAGCACAGCAGGUCCUAUAAGGUACCUUUACUCAUCCACAUGACUAUUUAUGCAUUUGGUUUCCUUUGACCUCAGUGCUCUGUCUUCUGUAGUCUCCCCCGGAUGUUUCUUUCACCACCUCAAACCCAUUUGUCUCAGGAAGUGCCGAUGUGUGGAGAAAACAAAUGCCAUUGUACAUUUAGUCCAGUCUUUCCCAACCUUUAUUGAACCUAAGCACGUAUUUGACAAUACAGAAAUCUCUCGGCACACCACCAAACAAACCCGUGCCACAAAAAAGUGUAUUUACUUACAAUUAUGAUUUUGUUUCAAGUUACUCACAAAUAUCAAUCAAGGCUAUUAUUCAGGUGGUUACACUGGUUAAUUGUACCUUCUGCCAUCUAAUGGAAGAGUAUUUAGACUGGAUAAAAAGUUCACACACCUCUGCUCAAAUGCCAGGUUUUUUGCGAUAUAAUAAAACAAUGACACCAGGAUAAAUCAUUUUAAAAGUUAUUCAAUUGAAAAUGUUCAAACGUCUUUUCAAAAUGGAAACUAAAAACCCGAGUGUCACAUUCAACAUCAUGUUCAGUAGGAGUCAGCACACAAAAAAGGGCCUCUGAUGAACUCCAAACAGCUGUUCCAGUAGGCUUUUCCUGCCAAAGCCCGAAGGUUUUCGUUCACACCGACUGCUAUUUGGAACUGUUCAUAAUUCCCUCCACUUUGACUCAGGCUCCAGUUCAAGCCGAAUUAUGGUCGAAAAGUUCAGCCUUGGUUUUAUCAGACCGUUACACAUUUUCCAUGCGUUUGGGGACUUCAAAUGUGUUUUUUUCUUUGUAAGAUAAGGCUUUCAUCUUGCCCCCUACCCUAUAGCCCAGACAUAUGAAGAAGAUAGAAGAUUGUUGUCACAUGUAUUUACCAGCCAAAUAUUCCUGCAGCUUCUUCAAUGUUGUUGUUGACCUUUGGGAAGCCUACUUCUCACAUUUCUCAGUCAUGUCACUGUUGCAUCAUAUUUUCACCACUUGAUGAUGACCUUCUUCACUGUGUUCUGGAUAUAUUUCUUUUUCCCCCCCCAAUUCACUUAUACACACUAAUGGUAGAAAAAAAACAAAGUUUUGAAAUGAUUUAUCUUGGUCUGAUUUUUUUUCAUCUCACAAAAACCUGGUAUUUGAACAAACGUGUUGUAGACGUUUUAAAGUAUAUCCACUGUGAUUGUUCUGCCUGUCACCAUACAUCACUGGCAUAGAUAGAUGAACAAGUUACAUUAUUUGUAGUAAAUCAAUCAUAAUUUUGGGCCCAGUUAGACCAUUUCCCGCAACCCACCAGAUGCUCUCUUACGGCACUCUAAUGGUUGGGAAUCACUGAUUGUCGUGGGCGCGGGAGAAGUUUCAUUGACUCUCCCAGCAAUUCUGUGCAGGUUCCUUUGACGUGUUUAUAUCAUCACCCUAAAAUGAAGUCAAAUAUCCUGUACGGUGGCAAGGUUUGAUUGGGUGAUCAGCAGGUGGGACGGAAUAAUAGCAGGGUGCUUAGGAAAAAAAAAAAGUGAGAAAAGCUUCUUCUAAUGUAGUGCGGACGCUGCACAUUGUAUUCCCAAUCAAAAUGUGGAGAAAGAUUUAUCAAAUGUGUUAUUCGAUUACAAAAAGGUAAGAAUGAGGACUAUUGGGUGGUUCUAAAAAUCUGUCUGUAUCGUCAAUACAGAUUCAAACAUUCACCGAUAAACAACCAAAAAAAGUGUCUUACAAAGGGAAUAAAGUCCUAUUUUAUCAAGAAUGUGUUAGGUGUUAAUAGGCUAUUUUUUUUUAGGUGUAUUUCAGAAUAAAAGGUGUAAAAUUACAAGGAUAAAGUGUCGAACUGUGACAUUUUUUUCCCUUGUUAAACUGAAUUUAAUAUCAUAAAAUACGACUCUAACUAUGUGUGAAAUAAAUAUGACUUUAUUUUCAUACGAUUAUGAAACUUUAUAACACUAAAAAAUACAUAUCUUAAAAAUAAAAACGUUCUCAUAAAAUUACAAAAUCUGAAUUUGCUAUUGCAACAUUACAUAUUUGUUGUCGAAAAUAGGCAACUUUUUCAUUCUUAAUGCAUCUCUGGGUACAUAUGGUGUAAUAAUAAUAUUAUAUUAUGAGAGUGAUCUAGGGAAAAAUUAUCCUCAAUGCAAAAAAGCUUCAAUGCUUAAAAAGUUUAAAAGCCCCUAAAUAUUUAAUGAUUUUCAGGAAACUAAAAAAACUUUAUAGUUAAUACAUUAAAAGAGUGGUUCUCAUAUCUUUGAGACCAAGUACUACCUCAAAAAUAUUUAGCUCUCCAAGUACUAACAUAAUGGCUAACAUUUAAAUACAGUCACAGAAAAUAUGCAGACGUUGAGAUUUUAGUCCUAAAAAGCACAUUUAUUAAAGUAAAAUAAAACUGAACUGUACUAAAAAUGUACUGUACAGUUUUUUAAAAAAGUUUAAAUAAUCUGUUGCAUGGUUACAAGCUUCAGUCUAAUAUGUUUGAUUGUAUUUUGCGUUUUGUUUUUCGUAUAUUUAUUGCAGUGAUUCUUUCACAUACCACUAGAGAGCGCCAGAGUACCACUAGUACACAGUACAGAAUCUCUGCAUCAAAUUUUUGCUUGUGCACCAAAAUUGAGACAUUACUUGAUAAUGAUGUUUUUUCUUCACUUCUGUAAAGAAAUGCCACAUUUGAUACAUUUUAUUCCUGAUUUGGAAUAGAAAGUGAGCUUUCAAACACACUGCUAUUGUUGCACACCCAAGUGUCCUCCAGGCUGAUUCUUUGUGUCUAAAUGUUUCCUCCAACAAUUACACUUUGGGGAUGUCCAUCGGUAGACAAACCGCUGCUGAACUGCCUGCCACUGCGCUGAUUCCACACGUCAGUAAAAAAUCCACACAGCGAAAUUAUGAUGCUUUUCAAAGAUGUUCGCUCAAGUCUUUUCCUAAUUCGACUCAUUCCCCGAACAAGCCAGGCUGGGUCAUGAACAAGAGCCCUGCGCAUAACAUAAGAGGAGGUCACAAAAACCUGUCAGGGAAGAAAGAGAUAAAUAAAUAUAUUGUUGAGUGCGUUCAGAAAUUGUGCAAUGUUGAUGAUAAUCAGUAAAAGGUGUACUAUUAUUGUUGUAGGCAAAAAAAAAAGGGGGUUUCAUUCAGCGCAAUCGUCUCCGGUCCCAAAAGACAUGGGAAUCCCAUGCAGCAUUGUAGCCAACUUUAAUGUUGUUCUCCAUUGUGACUACUGAUGUUGGUCAUAAACCUCAUCACUUUUCAAAGGUAACAUGACUUGCACAUUUUUUUGUCCUUGUUGUUGUUGUUGUUGUUGUUGUUGUGGUGGAGGAAUUGUUCUGUGCAUUUUGUCACACACAUCCAAUACGGACUGAUUACUUGUUCGACUGAGGUGACUCCAAACACUCGUACGGGCUGCAGGGAGCGUGUGGCUCGCUCACACCGACAGAACCGAGGCCCCCCCGUGAACCACCCCCACCCCCACCGCAGCCACCCUAUAACCUCAGCUGUUCAUCAUCACAUAAUACUGGAAACUGGCAGUUUGAGAAGACGCAAGAGACAAUCUUUGACAAAGAUGUAACUACAUCAGUUUACGCUCCCUGCUGUGUGUGCGUGUGUGUGUGCAUGCGCGUGUGCGUGUGGGUGACGUCUGAGGUCAGACGGAGAGCACAGUCUCAUAUUUUUCAUGGGGAGUCACUCAGCACAAACACGGUUGACAAGUGUGUUUUUUGUUUCGUUUUUUUUUUUUUUUUUUUUUUUUUUUUUUAGCUUGAUGUAAGUGUCGUUGUGGACCAUUUGUGUAAAAGUGAAGUGACCCACUUUGUACAGAGAUGUAAUUCAGUCGCUCAGCACAUUCCAAACUACGACAGUUACUCUACGAGCAGCCGACUCGGCUCACACCUUACAAAAAAAAACAAAACAAAAAAAAACAACAACAACAACAAACAAAAAAAAACGUAGAGAUAUAUACGUCUUUAUUUAUCCAGUUAUGACACAUUCUGUAUUGGCGCCCGUCCAUCACACAGUCAGUGGGCUGCAUCCCGUUUGCAUUUCAAGUGUAAUCUCGAUGAACUAUUGCAAGUUUGGAAGCACUUUAUAGCUCAGGAUUAAGGAAACAUAACACGGUGAUACGUUAGUGGGUCUUUACCUCCAAGUCGUGGUCACGAGUCGGUCGGAAGCAGCUUUACAGCUCCUCAGCGGGCCCGUAGGAGGUGUCGUAGAGGCCAAAAAUGACAGUUAACACACACACUAACACACAAAACCCUUUCACAAGCACCACAAAAAACUCUCAUACACACACUAAAAAAAAAAAAAAAAAACUGUUAACAGCCCUAGAAUGAGGGAGGGACUUAUUGUUUGGCAGAGCCAAUCAGCAUUUGACAUUUCAGAUGGCUUCUCUUUACACUCUUGAGCUUCCUUUCAUGCUCACAAUUUUGGACUCUCACAUAGAGGAAAAAAAAAAAACUAGUCUCACAUUGACAAAAAAAAAUUGUCUUACGCACAAAAAAAAAUAUUUUAUUUCCUUUGUGUAAAUGUUUUUUGCUGCUUUUGUAAGAUGGGCUUUGGUGAAUAGAAGAUUUUUUGGGGGGGUGUUUCCAUAAACUUAGUUUAUUUUGAGAGCAUUUGAGAUGGUUUGGUGUAUGUGAGAGUUUUUGGGUGAACGUGAGAGAUUUUGGAUGUGAAAGUUUUUUAGUGACUAUGAAUUUUUUGUGUACAUUUAUUUUUAGUCAUUGUGUCAACUUCAUGUGUGUGUGUGUUUUCUGGGAAUGAGUUUUUUAUUCAUUGGAGAGUUUUUUUUUUCUGUUUGAGAGUUGUUUUACAAGCCCCAAUUCCAAUGAAGUUGGGACGUUGUGUUAAACAUAAAUAAAAACAGAAGACAAUGAUUUGCAAAUCAUUGUAUGUGUGUGAGGUUUUUGGUUCAUGUGAGAGUUCUUGGGUUAAAUUGACUGUUUUCCACAGUGCAUGUGAUAGUUUUUGGGUGCAUGUGAGACGUUUUUGGGGUGAAGAUGAGAGUUUUUAGGUGUGUGAGAGAGGUAAAUGUUGUUUCGGGCCUAUACUGCUCGUUGGCGCGCCAGCUCGUGCGUGCGUGUACAGCAUCCAUCUCAAGUAAUCCUGAUGUGCGCGGGAGUCUUCCGCGUCUCCUCGACUUGUUUGUUGUUGUUUUGUGGCUUUGUUUGUUUUUUUGGUUACUGUUGCCGUGGCGCUCACACUCACAAAUGUUUGCUUGCUGAUGUUUAAGUGGACCAACAUUGUAAGCGCACUGGAGUUUGUGUUAUCAACAACCAUGAUUUAUUUAUUUUUUAUUAUUUUGGGGAAAUAAUGCCCAAUGGAUCUUCUUUGUAUUGACUGGACGAUGUAAUAAUCUAUUGGUGUUGAUGAAAAUGCCCUGGUAGCUUGUGGAUUGCUAAAGUGGUCAGAUAAGUAAGUGUACUGUAUAGCUGUACAAAGAGUAAUAAAAUAUGUUUUGAAAUGUU